AUGAAUGGUUUGUUUAAAAUAAAAUUGGGACACGCCUCUCAUAUCAUGAAGUUAGUAGAGGAACUCAAAGAAAAACGAGAAUCAUCCCCUAUGUCCGUUGAAGUCAUAACCGCCACCGAAUUUGAAAAAUUUCGUAAAAGUACUAGAAAUCAAUUAGAGAAUCUUAAUAAAAGGAUUAACAUCACCUCUGAGUUUAAUAAGCUCUUUUCUGAUGUUAAAGAUGCCCAAAACGAUAUUAGGGAAAUUAAAAAUCGUUUACUUAUCUAG